UUAAAAAUAUGUAUAUAUGUAUAAUGAAAUAAUUAUGUGAAGCAUAAAAAAUUAAAUAUUUAUCAUUAUUGACUCUUUAACCUUCUAUUGAACGCAUUCGGAUUUAUUAUCGUACAGUGUAUUUACAGUGCACUUCUUUUAAAAUGACGGUAGUACUUGGUGGUGGUAUAUCAGGUUUAUCAGCCGCAUAUUAUGCACUAAACAAUCCGAGAAUUGGUCCAAUAAUAGUGCUGGAAGCAUCUAAUCGUUUAGGAGGAUGGAUACGAAGUCAUGAAUUAUCAAAUGGCAUAAUAUUUGAAAAAGGACCAAGAACGAUAAGAUGUUUAGGAUUAGCUGGGAAAAAUACAUUAAAUUUAUUAGAAGAUUUGCAAUUAACUAAUAAACUUAUACCUAUUAAAUCAGAUCAUCCCAGUGCUAAGAAUAGAAUGAUUUAUUCGCGUAAUAAAUUACAUUUAUUGCCAAAUUCUUUCCUUAGUAUAAUUAAGACUAAUAGUUUAUUAAAUCGUUCUUUAGCAAGUUUUCUUGUAAAAGAUUUGAUAGCACCAAUGGUACGUAAGGACGAUGAAAGUAUAUAUAGUUUUACUACAAGAAGAAUAGGAAAAGAUAUUGCCGAUUAUCUUAUUAGCCCUAUGAUUUGUGGAAUUUGUGCUGGUGAUGCACAAAAGAUAAGCGUAAAUUUUCUAAUGAAAUCUUUGUUUGAAGCAGAACAAAAACAUGGAUCUAUAACAAAAGGAUUACUCAAACAAUUAUUUAAAAAGAAAAAUGUUAAUAAUAAAAUAGAAUAUAAAUCAAACUUAGCUAAAAGGGCUGACACAGAAAAAUGGGUAGUAUGGGGUUUAAAAGGAGGACUCGAAGAACUACCACGUUCCUUAGGAAAUAAUUUACAAAGUCAAGGUGUUGAUAUACAAUUAAAUAGUCACUGUGAAAAACUCUUUUUUCAAUCCAAUCAUGUUGAAUUAAUUAUUAAUGGAAAAGCAAGAAAAUGUUCUCAUGUUAUCUCAAGUCUACCAGCAAAAACUCUAGCAAAACUGUUGGAAGAACAACAUCCUGAUUUAGCAGAACAAUUAAGAUCAAUACCUAUGGUUACAGUGGCUGUAGUUAAUCUCCAAUUUGCAGAUAAUGUCUUGCCUAUGAAUGCUUUUGGUUUUCUUGUUCCACCAGGAGAAAAUCUUCCAAUUCUUGGUGUGAUCUUCGAUUCAUGUAUUUUUCCUAAAGACUCUUCGACGGUACUAACAGUAAUGAUGGGUGGUGCAUGGUUUGAAAAAUACUUUGGCAAAGAUCCAUCAGAUGAAAAUUUGUUGAAUAUAGCAAUUAAACAAGUCAAAGAAAUCCUGAAUAUUAAAAAAGAGCCCAUAGCUUUUAAUGUGGCCAUUCUGAAGGACUGUAUUCCCCAACAUGUAGUGGGUCACGCACAACGUUUAAAUCAUAUCCGUGAUUAUAUUUCUUCACGUAGAAUCCCUCUAGCAUUGUGUGGUUCUUCUUACCAAGGUGUGGGAAUCAAUGACGUUAUUCUGUCAGCAAAAGAAGCUGUUUCUGAGAUUGUGCAACAUUCAAAUGAACUAAAAAACUGAAGUGAAACUACAACAAUUUUGUACAGCAUUUUGUAGCACUAGUCAUGAUAUUAUUAAUGUCAUAGUUAGAAAAAA